AUGAUGAGAUGCGCGAAAAAAUACUGCCCGGCAGGUGUUGCGUUCCUGGCCGGCAUCGCAUCUCAUCAUCUCGUCUUCCGACCCUAUGAGAUCGAUGUCUACGUGUGGCAACUGAUCUUCCUCUACGUCACCGCAGUCGCUACUCUCUUCGCAAGCUGUGUCCACAUAGGAGGGUAUCGAGUGGCAACUGCUCUGCUGUGGACACUGUCCAUCGCGAAUGUGUACAACUCCAGCGUCAUAGGAAGCAUUCUUGUGUACAGAGCCUUUUUCCAUCCUCUGAGACGCUUCCCUGGCCCAUUUUCGGCGAGACUCUCGAGGUUCUAUGCGAUGCAUAAGAUGCUGCAGAGUAGAAAGGGGUAUGAAGAUAUACAGAGGCUGCAUGACAAGUACGGGGACAUUGUGCGAGUUGGGCCUCGAGAGCUUUCCAUCAACCGUCUCUCUGCAAUCCGAGCUCUAUACGGAGCCCAUGCGCAAACGACGAGACCGCCUUGGUAUUCGCAAACGACGAGGCACGCCGCAAAGUCUUCGCUGGAGAACACGAGAGAUGUGGUGAUGCAUAAACUAAGGAAGAAGGUCUGGGAACGGGCUCUGGGAUCUCGAGCGCUGGAGGUAUAUGAGCCUCGAGUACAAGCCAAGGUGGACCUUUUACUGUCCAAGAUCGCAGCAGCGAAAAGUAAUCCGGUUGAUGUGACAAAGUACUUUAUGUACUUUAGCUUCGAUGUCAUGGCAGACGUAGGGUUUUCGAAAAACUUCCGCAUGCUUGAGUCGACCAACUAUCAUCCCGCCAUCAAAGGCGUCCACCAGACCAUGUCGUUCAUCGGCAUCCUGGCUACUGUCCCGUGGCUCAUAUACAUGAUUGGGUCGGUACCGGGUGUGACGACCUUUAACCGCUUUUCGAUGUGGUGCCACGACGAAGUUAAUGAGAAGCGCAAGACACUUGCUAUCAGCAAGGAGAGAGAGCCGCAGGAUGUCAUGUCAUGGCUCCUGAAAGCCAUGAAUGAGAAGGACCCGUCAGCACCUCCUAGCGAGAAAGCUGUUGAAGAAGACGCUCGGCUGUUGAUCAUAGCAGGCAGUGACACAUCGGCUGGUGUCUUGGCAAAUGCGCUCUACCUCCUGGCACGCAACCCCCACUGUUACCAGCAGCUACAGGCAGAAGUACAGAAACGCUUCCCAGGAGGAAUCUCAGAAUGGAUAUAUGCAAAAGCAAAAGCAAUUCCCUAUAUAGACCAUGUCAUCCAUGAAACAUUGCGCCUAAGGCCCACCGUCCCAGGCGGAAUGCCCCGAGCCGUCCCCUCACAAGGCAUAUUCAUUGACGGCGACUUCAUCCCAGGAGAAACAAUUGCCGCGGUGCCAACGUACACGAUCCAGCGCGACGAGAGAUACUGGGCGGAUCCGCUUACCUUUAGGCCCGAGAGAUGGAAGGGCUGUGCGACGGACGGCGGGGCGUGGAUGGCGUUCAGUCGGGGGCCGUGGACGUGUCCGGGGCGGCAGUUGGCGAUGAUGGAGAUGAGGAUGGUGCUGAGCCGGAUUGCGUUGCAGUUUGAUGUUGGGUUUGCGUUGGGCGGGGGGGAAGGGUUUGAGAGAGAUACGGUGGAUAAUGUUUCGAUGACGCUGCCCGAGUUGAGCCUCGUGUUUACUCCUCGUUAG